AUGGCCUCCCAAAGGGUCACAACAGCGCUGGCAGCGAUCGAAUCCACACCCCACCAAUCCACGAAGCUUCAAGAAUACAACACCCUCCUCAAUGAUAUUGUGACCAGCUCAUCUGGUGACGAACUUGCUCAAGACAUAGUAUACUACCUAGACUCUAUUCUCAGCGAGUCUAUCAGCAUUGUUGCCGCUCGCCCUCUCCUCGAUUCCUUCAUCGCCGUCCUCCGCAAGUUCGACCCCGAAAUCAAGAUCAAGGUCGGACAGCACGCCGUCACGCUCUUACAGUCUCGCACAACAUCCGUCGAAGAGCAGGACUCACAGAUUCGCGAGAUCCUAGCGGAAGCCUACGAGUCACAGGAGGAAUAUACCGCCGCAGCACGGGCACUACAGGGAAUCACCAUCGACAGCUCGCAGCGUCUGGUCUCCGAUGAAGACAAAGCAAAGCUCUGGAUUAGGAUCGUGCGCUACUAUCUCGAAGACGAAGAUACGACCAGUGCAGAAACAUUUUUGAACCGUAUCAAGAACUUGCCCAGCAAGAUCCAAGAUCAUGAUGCCAAGCUGUACUUUCAACUUUCCCAGGCUCGCAUUCUUGAUGCUCGCCGUCGGUUCCUGGAUGCCUCGCAGGAAUACUUCAAUGUUAGUCUAGCUGAGGGUGUCGAUGAGGGUGAUCGACUCACAGCGCUAUCGGCUGCUAUCCGGUGUGCGGUUUUAGCGCCAGCGGGCCCACAACGUUGGAGCACCCUUUCACGGCUGUACAAGGAUGACCGAGCUUCUUCCGUGGACGAGUUUUCUAUCUUGGAGAAGAUGUUCCUCGAUCGACUUCUCACUGCGGAGGAGGUUGCUGCUUUUGCAAAGAAAUUGGCGCCCCACCAGCUUGCUGUUACUGCUGAUGGUGCCACUGUUCUUGAUAAGGCCGUUAUUGAACAUAACCUCGUUGCGGCAAGCAAGCUUUAUGAAAACAUUACAGCCGAUGCUUUGGGAUCUAUCUUGGGUCUUCAGGCUUCCGUUGACUUAUCUGCCGGUGAGAAGGCCGAGGCCUAUGCUGCCCGAAUGGUGGAACAAGGGCGUCUACGUGGUCGUAUCGACCAGAUAGAUGGUAUCAUUUCUUUUGAAACUGGUGAAUUUGACGAUCCUACCUUUCGUAAGAGCCUUCGCCAAUGGGACCUCGGGGUGCAGAAACUCUCAGAGGAUGUGGAACAGGUGGCUAGUAGUAUUUCUGAACAAUUCCCGGAAUUUGCUGCCGGUCAAAUGGUGCACUGA